AGUUCUACCGUUCCUGUUAGACAUACUGUCCAUGGUCCCCGCUGGAGCUCAGGUGUUUUCUCUGAGUGACAUGUAUGGCACCAUCAACUCUCCGAACUUUCCAGAACCCUACCCUAAAGAGGCCGAGGUCCGCUGGAACAUCAGCGUUCCCGACGGGUUCCAAAUCAGACUUUACUUCCUGCACUUCGACCUAGAACCCUCCUACCUCUGUGAGUACGACUACGUCAAGGUAAGUGAAUGGUGACUCUGUGUGUGCGUGCGUGAAUCCGUGCGUGCACCUGUGUGUGUGUGUGGCCAGCCAUCAGCCAUCCACACAGAGUGAAUGCCUCGAAAAGGGACAGACAAUGUCCCACAUGGAUUUAGUUCAGUUAAUGAUGAAUUUCAAUUAAUAUGCAACUCCCCUGACAUAAACAUUUGUAUCCUUGGAAGAUUUUUAUUUUUUUAAAUAGAUUAGCCUGCCUGGCACAAUAAACCCUGGCAUAUUGCUAAACUAUUUGGCAUUUGUUUGUCCCUGAGAAGGUGCACAGGUUUAGCCAGCCAAGGAUGUCAGUGUUUCAGCAUGGGCCAAUGUAAUAGGCUAUGCCGGUGAAGAGAUGGAUGAUGUGCCAGGCUGCAUUGGCACAGGAGCCGGGUCGCAGCAGGUGCCAGUUCGGGUUGGUUUGCCAGGCUUUGAUGCCCGGCCCAUCUCUUGAUUUCUAAGAACCAGAAUUCUGCCAGAAUGGUUGCAACUUCUGAACAGGGUUUACCAUGGCAACAACAUAAGGAACUGUGGUGUGGAGUGCUCUUACUGCAGCAAAGCAUUCGGGAUAAAUGCUCCUUUCCCUUUUGUGUCUCUGCUAUGUCUGACACAGUAUCUUCGGCCAUGGUCUGAUUCUACCCUUUUCCCGAAGUGUGCUCUUGUACACUUUAUGACCUGUUGUAAAACUGUGCACAUUAAAACUCCACCCGGAAAACGCACUCCAUUCGCCUUUUCUAGACACUAUAGCGCCCUUUAUUUCCUGUGUAAUUUGGCAAUAUUGGAAUUAGGCCACGGCAGUUUGUAAAAGAAAGAGCAAUGGCAUAUUUGAUCACAUUUCUGUAGAGGUGUGGACAGAAUGUUUUGAUGUUUUGCAGUGACUUUUUCAAACUAAACAUGCAUGCUGCUUAUAGCAAGUGCCUGUCCACACAUUCUGCAAGAUUGAUUGUAUAUUGGAAACAAUUUCAAGUAGGCUACAGCCCACAUUUCUAUGCAAACGAUGAAUUGUUGUUUUAAUAUUUUGUUUAUCUAUAGAUUAUUGUGUUUCUAUGUCCUGCCUUGGUAUAGGCUCUGAGAUUAAAUCGGCUUAUGAUGUUGCGCUCCUAUUGCACAGCAAUACUGUAGCCUACCCAUACUGUCAAAUAUGUUACAUACUGUAUGCUACCAGUCUAUCUACUGUGUUGGCAGAAUGUUAACAAAAAAAAUCAAUUAUUUAUGGGCUGUUUCAGUUUCUGAAAGAGAAACCAAUGGCACAUUUUUGUGGACCUGUCAGCAGAAUGUUUGACUGAAACCAUGUUUUACAUUGACUUUUCCCCCAACCUAAAUAUGCUGGACUGCUCACGAGUUCUGAAACAUUGUCUAGGCUACUCAAAACAAAUUGAAAUUACAAUGAGCUAGAGUAGUAGCAUACAUACUUCAAAGUAAAAUAUCUACUUUCUUGAUGUUCCCCUGUUAAAAUUGUCAAUAGGCUAUAAACUGAGCUGCCUAUGGGAUCACAUACAGCAAAACUUGAAAUACAUAGCCUUCAGAAAGUAUUCACACCCAUGUACUUUUUCCACAUUGUGUUGUGUUACAGCCUGAAUAUAAAAUUGAUUAAAUUGAGAUUUAUUUGGUCACUGGCCUACAGACAAUACCCCAUAAUGUCAUAGUGGAAUUAAGUUUAAAAAAAAAUUAAAUUAAAAAUUAAAAGCUUUAAUGUCUUGAGUCAAUAAGUAUUCGACCUCUUUGUUAUGGUAAUCCUAAAUAGGUUCAGGAGUAAAAAUAUGCUUAACAAGUCACAUAAUAAGUUGCAUAGACUCACUCUAUGUGCAAUAAUAGUGUUUAACAUGAUUUUUGAAUGACUACUUCAUCUCUGUACCCUACACAUACAAUUAUCUGUAAGGUCCCUCAGUCAAGCAGUGAAUUUCAAACACAGAUUCAACCACAAAGACCAGGGAGUUUUUCCAGUGCCUCGCAAAGAAGGGCACCUAUUAGUAAAAAUACAAAAAGCAGACAUUGAAUAUCCCUUUGAGCAUGGUGAAGAUAUUAAUUACACUUCGGAUUGGUGAAUCAAUACACCAAGUCACUACAAAUCUACAGGUGUCCUUUCUAACUCCGUUGCCGGAGAGGAAGGAAGCUGCUCAGGGAUUUCACCAUGAGGCCAAUAGUGACUUUAAAACAGUUUGUGAUAGGAGAAAACUGAGGAUGAAUCAACAACAUUGUACACUGAACAAAAAUAUAAAUGCAAAAUGCAACAAUUUCUAAGAUUUUACUAAGUUACAGUUCAUAUAAGGAAAUCAGUCAAUUGAAAUAAAUUCAUUAGGCCCUAAUCUAUGAAUUUAACAUGACAUACAGAUAUGCAUCUGUUGGUUACAGAUACCUUUAAAAAAAGGUAGGGCGUGGAUCAGAAAACCAGUCAGUAUCUGGUGUGACCACCAUUUACCUCAUGCAGCGCGACACAUCUCCUUCGCAUAGAGUUGAUCAGGCUGUUGAUUGUGGCCUGUGGAAUGUUGUCCCACUCUUCAAUGGCUGUGUGAAGUUGCUGGAUAUUGGCGGGAACUGGAACACGCUGUCGUACACGUCGAUCCAGAGCAUCCCAAACAUGCUCAUUGAGUGACAUGUCUGGUGAGUAUGCAGGCCAUGGAAGAACUGGGACAUAUUCAGCUUCCAGGAAUUGUGUACAGAUCCUUGCGACACGGGGCUGUGCACUAUCAUGGUGAAACAUGAGGUGAGGGCGGCGGAUGAAUGGCACAACAGUGGGCCUCAGGAUCUCGUCAUGGUAUCUCUAUGCAUUCAAAUUGCCAUAGAUCAAUUGUGUUCAUUGUCCGUAGCUUAUGCCUGCCCAUACCAUAACCACACCGGCACCAUGGGGCACUCUGUUCACAACGUUGACAUCAGCAAACCGCUCGCCGAUACAAUGCCAUACAUACUGUUUGCCAUCUGCCGGGUACAGUUGAAACCCAGGAUUCAUCCGUGAAGAGCACACUUCUCCAGCAUGCCAGUGGCCAUCGAAGAUGAGCAUUUUCCCACUGAAGUCGGUUGCCAAACUGCAGUCAGGUCAAGACCCUGGUGAGGACUACGAGCACGCAGAUGAGCUUCCCUGAGACGGUUUCUGACAGUUUGUGCAUAAAUUCUUCGGUUGUGCAAACCCACAAUUUCAUCAAUUUCAAGAAGCCGAAUGUGAAGGUGUGGUUACACCUGGCCUGCGGUUGUGAGGUUGGUUGGAGAAACUGUCAAAUUCUCUAAAACGACGUUGGAUGCGGCUUAUGGUAGAGAAAUGAACAUUUAAUUCUCUGGCAACAGCUCUGGUGGACAUUUGGACAUUUGUGCAGUCAGCAUGCCAAUUGCACUCUUCCUCAAAACUGGGAAGAUCUGUGGCAUUGUGUUGUGUGACAAAACUGCACAUUUUAGAGUGGCCUAUUAUUGUUCCCAGUAAAAGGUGCACCUGUGUAAUGAUCAUGCUUUUAAAUCAGCUUCUUGAUAUGCAACACCUGCCAGGUGGAAGGAUUAUCUUGGAAAAGGAGAAAUGCUCAUUAACAGGGAUGUAAACAAAUUUAAAGAAAUAAGCUUUUUAGAACAUUUCUGGGGUCUUUUAUUUCAGCUCAUGAAACAUGGGACCAACAAGUUACAUGUUGCGUUUAUAUUUUUGUUCAGUGUUAUUACACCACAAUACUAACCUAAUUGACAGUACAGAACAAAAAUAUUCCAAAACAUGCAUCCUGUUUGCAACAAGGCACUAAAGAAAACUGCAAAAAAUUUGGCAAAGCAAUUAACGUUUUGUCCUGAAAUUGAAAGUGUUUGGUGCAAAUCCAACACAACACAUUACUGAAUACCACUCUCCAUAUUUUCAAGCAUAGUGGUGGCUGAAUCAUGUUAUGGGUAUGCUUGCAAUCGUUAAGGACUGUGGAGUUUUUCAGUAUAAAAGAUAAACGGAAUGGAGCUAAGCACAGGCAAAAUCCUAGAGGAAAACCUAGUUCAGUCUGCUUUCCACCAGACACUAGGAGAUUAAUUCACCUUUCAGCAGGACAAUAACCUAAAACACAAGGCCAAAUCUACACUGGAGUUGCUUACCAAGAAGAAUGUUCCCGAGUGGCCAAGUUACAGUUUUGACUUAAAUCUGCUUGAAAAUUUGUAGCAAGACUUAAAUGGUUGUCUAGCAAUGAUCAACAAUCAAUCAACAAUUAAUUAUGUAAAUAAUAAUGGCCAAAUAUUGUACAUUUUGCAAUGGUUAUGAAAACCAUAUACAGUGGCUUGCGAAAGUAUUCACCCCCCCCCCCCCCCCCCCCCCUUGGCAUUUUUCCUAUUUUGUUGCCUUACAACCUGGAAUUAAAAUUGAUUUUGGGUGGGGGUGUAUCAUAUGAUUUACACAACAUGCCUACCACUUUGAAGAUGCAAAUGUUUUUUCUUCGGAAACAAACAAGAAAUAAGAAAAAAAAAAAAGAAGAAAAACUUGAGCGUGCAUAACUAUUCACCCCCCCAAAGUCAAUACUUUGUAGCGCCAACUUUUGCAGCAGUUACAGCUGCAAGUCUCUUGGGGUAUGUCUCUAUAAGCUUGGCACAUCUAGCCACUGGGAUUUUUGUCCAUUCUUCAAGGCAAAACUGCUCCAGCUCCUUCAAGUUGGAUGGGUUCCACUGGUGUACAGCAAUCUUUAAGUCAUACCACAGAUUCUCAAUUGGAUUGAGGUCUGGGCUUUGACUAGGCCAUUCCAAUACAUUUAAAUGUUUCACCUUAAACCACUCAAGUGUUGCAUUAGCAGUAUGCUUAGGGUCAUUGUCCUGCUGGAAGGUGAACCUCCGUCCCAGUCUCAAAUCUCUGGAAUUUCCCUCAAGUAUUUCCCUGUAUUUAGCGCCAUCCAUCAUUCCUUCAAUUCUGACCAGUUUCCCAGUCCCUGCUGAUGAAAAACAUCCCCACAGCAUGAUGCUGCCACCACCAUGCUUCACUGUGGGGAUGGUGUUCUCGGGGUGAUGAGAGGUGUUGGGUUUGCGCCAGACAUAGCGUUUUCCUUGAUGGCAAAAAAGCUCAAUUUUAGUCUCAUCUGACCAGAGUACCUUCUUCCAUAUGUUUGGGGAGUCUCCCACAUGACUUUUGGCGAACCUUUUGUUUGCUUAUUUUUUUCUUUAAGGAAUGGCUUUUUCUUGCCACUCUUCCGUAAAGCCCAGCUCUGUGGAGUGUACAGCUUAAAGUGGUCCUAUGAACAGAUACUCCAAUCUCCGCUGUGGAGCUUUGCAGCUGCUUCAGGGUUAUCUUUGGUCUCUUUGUGCCUCUCUGAUUAAUGCCCUCCUUGCCUGGUCUGUGAGUUUUGGUGGGCGGCCCUCUCUUGGCAGGUUUGUUGCGGUGCCAUAUUAUUUCCAUUUGUUAAUAAUGGAUUUAAUGGUGCUCCGUGGGAUGUUCAAAGUUUCUGAUUUUUUUUAUAAUCCAACCCUGAUCUGUACUUCUCCACAACUUUGUCCCUGACCUGUUUGGAGAGAUCUUUGGUCUUCAUGGUGCCGCUUGCUUGGUGGUGCACCUUGCUUAGUGGUGUGGCAGACUCUGGGGCCUUUCAGAACAGAUGUAUAUAUACUGAGAUAAUGUGACAGAUCAUGUGACACUUAGAUUGCACACAGGUGAACUUCAUUUAACUAAUUAUGUGACUUCUGAAGGUUAUUGGUUGCACCAGAUCUUGUUUAGGGGCUUCAUAGCAAAGGGGGUGAAUACAUAUGCACGCACCACUUUUCCGUUAUUUAUGUUUUAGAAUUUUUUGAAACAAGUAAUUUUUUUCAUUCCACUUCACCAAUUUGGACUAUUUUGUGUAUGUCCAUUACAUGAAAUCCAAAUAAAAAUCAAUUUAAAUCACAGGUUGUAAUGCAAAAAAAUAGGAAAAACACCAAGGGGGAUGAAUACGUUUGCAAGGCACUGUAGCCUGUGCCUGUACUUUCAGACUUCAACUCUUACUUUUCUCUUACGUAGUUCACUUUUAGCUGGAAAGUCACUUUCAUAUUUCUUGUGAACAGUUUUGAAAUGCCUCUCGACAUUUCCCUUCUUAGCAAGAGCUACGUUUGAAUGGCAGGUCAGACACACACAUUUUGAAUUUGUUGUGGUGAAAAAAUAAUCUUCCUCCCACUCACUGUGAAAGUGGUAGGUUUUCGGUUUCUUGCUGAUUGGUCCAGCACUCAUAUUAAAAACGUAACCGCAACUUCAUAGAAAAAAAGUAGUAAAAACAACUACCACUGGAACAACAAAGAAUAUUCUGUUACAGGUCUGUUACAGGUCUUGCAAGCUUGGAAAUGUAAACAUACUAACUGCAGACGGUUGCUAUGGUAGCGACAGUUUGGAAAACAAAUGUAGCAUCUAGUGCCGCAGGUUGGUCCAAUUUUAUGUCAGUCAAGCAGUUUUUAAAAAUAUUUUGCUGUGCGGUAAUAUUCGAGAAAGAAGCUAACCUGUAAGCAAAGCAUACGGUGCUUCAGAGCUGUGGACCUCAUUAUUUUUAAACACGCUCGAUGGUAACGCUGUGAAUUGCCAAAAUAAUAUACUUUUAUGCGGUCUACUAGAAAGAAUUUGGCGAUCAACCAGUUGACCGCGAUCGAUGUCCUGGGCACCAAUGGUCUAAAGUUUGCUUGGAGGAAAGGACAUUCUCACGUCAAGUUAAGUUUUCAUAAUUGCCGACUUUUGCGGGAAAAUUGGGGCACGCACAUUUUGGGGUAUAUUUUGUAUGUACAGUAUGCACGGUUUAUAAAUGAGGCCCCAGAAGCACCAAUCAAAUGCUUUUCAAUGCAUGAGGAAGUGAACGGUAGAGAAUCGGAAUGCAACCAGAGUAUCAUUACAUCCCCUAUGAGAACCAGAAAAUAGCUGAGAGAGAGUGCCAAAUUGUAUACAAUUGUAUGGAUGAUUCUUCUGCUAAACAAAUCUCCUGCUGGGGGUAAUCAAGUUACACUAAUGUUGAGGGGCUGUGUGUGUGUGUAGGCCUGUAUGCGUUUGUGCUGUGUGUGUGUGUGUGUAAGCGAGAAAGACAGAGCGAGAGGGUGUGUGUGUGACAGACAGACAGACAGGCAGGUCAGCGUGUUGGUGUCCUACCGACGGCGUUAAUAGCAUGCAUUCCACUGCGACUCUGAAGCAUUCACUUCCCACCAAGCUCAUAUUCAUAUUCAAAUAACGCUACAGGGCACCACUGCAACACUCCCAGCGGCACACCAGCUGCCAGAUACAAAAGGACAACAGAGGGACCAGAUGACUGCUUUCUCACAAAGCAAUGCAUUCUUGUCUGUGUUUUAUAAGGGGGAAAGGGGGUGGUUUUGUGUGUGUGUUUUUGAUCUUGGGUCAGUUUGACAUUUUCCCCACUAAUGGCUAAGGUUAGGAUUGGAUCUGUAUCUAGGGGAAACUUUACCGCAGCAUAAGUAGCCUCCCAAUUCCCACUGCCAAAUUCACAGCUCAUCAAUGAGGCUCUUUUGGUGAAGUUCCUUCGUGAGAUGUCUGCUUGAAUUCCACCACCUUCGCCAGACCCCCACCUCCUGGGGUGCAGAAUGCAUAGCGAUCCUUGUGCAUGCACACACACGCACAGAUGCUCGCACACACACACAGACACAUAACACUACUCAUCUACCCACAGUUCUCAGUCCUGCGAACUGCGACAGACACAGAUAACAUUGUGUUGUCCUCUUCUUGAAUGAAGAUGUACUGUAUAUGUCUGACGCUGAUCUGUGAGUGUGUGUGCCUGUGUGUUUGUGCAUGUAUGCUUGCACAUUUACAUCAGAGUGAAUAAGCACACAAUGGAAGUGUUUUGUAAUAUCUGUGGUAUAACUGUGAUUGUUGCUUUGCUUGUAGUCGUAGAAAUUCUCUAGUGUUGUUCUGUGGUAUUGGGGCUGUGGUCAGAGUGUGCCUCUAACUCCCACAUGCUGCUCUGUUGUAGCUGGGGUUAACCGACCGUUCACUGACACACUCAGUGUAAACAUGCUAUCAGAGAGCCAGAUAAGACUGGUGUUCUAAAAAGUGUGUGCGUGUGUGUGCGUACAUCCGUGUGACCACACACAGAUGGUGAAACACAGGGGGGAUGUAUUUGGAAUGGAUUAAUUAGUGGACAAAAAGGCCAUUUAGAGGAAAUCAUUAGAAAAGGUCAACAAAGACAUUCCACUAAAACAUUCCAAUAUUAAUCUGAAAUGCGAUUUAUGAAAAGCUUUACAUGAGAAAAUCAAGUCAAUAGCUGAUAUAGGGGGCAAUUAAUGUCAAUGUCAUGUACUGUAGGCCUACAUAUUAUUGUGUGUGUGUCUGCAUAUGUGCAGCUGUAUGUGUAUGUGACUUUGUGCUCACAAGUCCAUUCUACUCUUUCUCUGCAGGUGGAGGCUAAUGGAGAGGAGCUGGCAGCGUUCUGUGGGCGCGAGGACAGCGACACAGAGCAGGUCCCAGGAGAACAGGUCAUAAGCUCCCCUAGGAACUCCCUCAGUGUCUCCUUCCGGUCCGACUUCUCCAAUGAGGAACGCUUCUUGGGCUUUGAGUCCCACUACAGCGCUAUCGGUGAGCGGCCUUUACUAUCACUUCCAUUCAUUGUUAGCUAGUGGUCACUAAAGUUUGUUGAAGUUUGUAGUGGCUGUUUAAAGGAAACCGGACCAUGGAUGACAGUUUCUCCUGGCCCAUAGACUACUUUGUGUGAGGAACAUUAAAACAUAAAAAUCUGUGUUCUUCAAUACUGGUCCAGGCUAGACCCAUAGGUUGUUCAGGCUUUUGUUGCAGCCCAGCACCAAUAGGAUAUAAUAAAGUUAAUUUGUAUUCUAUUUUAACACAGCUAUUCAGCUAAUCAAGGGUUAGGUGAUUAGUUGACUCAGGUGUGUUAGUGCAGGGCUUGAACAGAAAGUCUUUCUCUCUCUCGCUCUCUCUCUCUCUAGAUGUGGAUGAGUGCAGGGACAGGAACGAUGAGGAUCUGGCCUGUGACCAUUUCUGCCACAACUACAUCGGUGGCUACUACUGCUCCUGUCGCUAUGGCUACCUGCUGCACUCUGACAACAGGACUUGUCGAGGUAUUGUUUACCUUGUCCCCACAGGUUCUAGGCUUUUCAUCUUUGUAAAGUACACUUGGGGAUACUAAAGAGUUCCUUUUUUAUGACACGCUCUCACGCCGUGUUACACACACAUUGUGGCAAUUGUUCUACCUAACUGUAUUUGUGAAUAACUACCAAUUAUUAUGCAUUAUAUAUUUAGGAUUCCCCAUUCCAACCCCCUUCCCUACAUGCCAACCAAUUUUGAUGUUAAAAUGUGUAUUGUGUAUCGAUAAUACAUUUGGGGAGGGGGAAACGUAAAGUGUUUAGCAGCUAAUGCUCUGGGAAAUAUGAAUUUGUUUACGAAGGCAGUACGAUUCCAAUCAGAUCUUUUCCCCAAUGUGUUAACAGCAAAAACCAUGUGGAAUCUAAUCUUUGAGUUCAAAUUUAUUGCAAUUUCAUAUGUGGUUCUAAAUCCCGAAACAAUUCUGAUGUUUCAUUUGUUAUAUUAUUAAGAACAGUCAUGGGAAGCACAAAUAGAACACCACAAAUCACCCAGAAAAACAGCUACAUUCCUCAAUCAAUACCUUAAAUUGCCCGAACGGAACCAGAGCAUUAAGAUUUAUCUAGCUUGAUGGAGACCCUAGGAACCUCAAGAGUUAACCAAUCCUGUGAAAGGGUUAGGCAACUCAGGUGUCUAUACUUCAACAGUAAAGUUAGAUAAGACUGAAGUUUAUGAAGUAGGGCCUUGUAAACAAAAAGGGCGCAAUGAAGAAGUCCAGCCAACCUUUUGAUACAGGAUGCAGUGACGAGUAUCAAAACUGUAAUCUGUAACAAAACUAAGGGUGCUAUAGUAGAUGGCAUCCAAAGGUUUAAGAGUAGUAACAGCUGCACUUUGAUAAAUAAUAUCACCAUAAUCAAGAACAGAUAAAGGUUGACUGAAUAAUAUGCGUCCUACUGCUUAGAGAAAGGCAUGAUCUGUUUCUGUAGAAAAAGACAACAUUUAAUCUUAGCUUCUUAACCAGGUCAUCUAAGUUUUUUAAACGUCAAAUCCAUAUCAAUCCAAAUGCCAAAGUAUUUAAAUGAAGGGAACACGCAUAUACUGUAACUAAUUUUUCAGGAUGUCAUCAACAUGUAAGUGGGUAAAAACCUAGAGAAUAACAAUAACAAGGUCUGCCCUGAAAAAACAUGACUUUUUGGCAGAAACAGGAGACUUAAAAUCAUAUAAAAUGUUAUUUGCCACAUGCUUCGUAAACAACAGGUGUAGACUAACAGUGAAAUGCUUACUUACGGGCCCUUCCCAACAAUGCAGAGAAAAAAAAAACAUUAUAAAUAAUAUAAAAAUAAUAGCACAAGGAAUAAAUACACAAUUAGUUGAUUCCAGACUUGAUGCAUCGGUGCUGCUUGACGUGCGGUAGCAGAGAGAACAGUAUGACUUGGGUGGCUGGAGUCUUUGACAAUUUUUAGGGCCUCAACAAAUAAGCCUUCCUCUGACACCGCCCGGUAUAGAGGUCCUGGAUGGCUGGGAGCUCGGCCCCAGUGAUGUACUGGACCGUACGCACUACCCUCUGUAGUGCCUUGCGGUCGGAUGCCAAGCAGUUGCCAUAAUAAGCGGUGAUGCAGCCAGUCAACAUGCUCUCAAUGGUGCAGCUGUAGAACUUUUUGAAGAUCUGAGGGCCUUUUUCAGCCUCCUGAGGGAGAUGAGGCAUUGUCGUGCCCUCUUCACGACUGUGUUGGUGUGUGGACCAUGAUAAUUCCUUAGUGAUGUGGACAAAGAGGAACUUGAAGCUCUCGAGCUGCUCCACUACAGCCCCGUUGAUAUGGAUGGGGGCGUGCUCGGCCCUCCGUUUCCUGUAGUCAGCUCCUUUGUCUUGCUGACGUGUUGAUGUGAGUCAUGACCAACCUUUCAAAGCAUUAGAUGUGAGUGCAGCGGGGCGAUAGUCAUUUAGACAGAUUACCUUGGCAUUCUUGGGCACAGGGACUCUGGUGGUCUGCUUGAAACAUUUAGGUAUUACAGACUGGGUCAGGGAGAGGUUGAAAAUGUCAGUGAAGACACUUGCCAGCUGCCCAGCGCAUGCUCUGAGUACACGUCCUGGUAAGCCAUCUGGCUCUGCGGCCUUGUGAAUGUUAACCUGUUUAAUGGUCUUACAUCGGCUACGGAGAGUGAGCACACAGUCGUCCGGAACAGCUGGUGCUCUAAUGCAUGGUUCAGUGUUGCUAGCCUCAAUGCAAGCAUACAAGGUAUUUUGUUCGUCUGGUAGGUUUGCGUCACUGGACAGCUCGCGGCUGGGUAUCCCUUUGUAAUCCGUGAUAGUUUGCAAGCCCUGCCACAACCGACGAGUGCCUGUUUGAUGGUUCGUCAUAGGGCGUAGUAGGAUUUCUUAUAAACGUCCGGAUUUCCUUGAAAGCGGUAGCUCUAGCCUUUAGCUCAGUGCGGAUGUUGCCUGUAAUCCAUAACUUCUGGUUGGGAUAUGUACGAACGGUCACUGUGGGGACGAUGUUGUCGAUGCACUUAUUAAUUAAACCCGUGACUGAUGUGGUAAACUCCUCAAUGACUUGUAUUGGCCCUCCUGUAGCUCAGUUGGUAGAGCAUGGCGCUUGCAACGCAAUUGUUGUGGGUUCGAUUCCCACGGGGGGCCAGUAUGAAAAAUUUAUGCACUCACUAAUUGUAAGUCGCUCUGGAUAAGAGAAUCGGCUAAAUGACUAAAAUGUAUUAGGAUUAGGAACUGGAAUUCCUACUUAGUCAGUUAAGGUCGCAUUCCCUUUUAGAUUUAAUGGAUUCAGAAUUGUUAUGCAAAGUAGGCAACUGCCACACACUUGAUUGGGCCUAAUUCUGGCAUAAUAGGCCACUACACUAAGGCCUCUAUGCUUGGCACUCAGCAUUAAGGAGAUGGAUUGGGGGUAAGGCCCUGUGAUAAACUAGCAUUUUGUCCAUGCCGGGUGUGUACUUGUACAUCAAGCUGCCUCGCACUACAGAAACUGGAGAUUUGCUCCUGCCCUAUGGUCUGUUUUGGCUUGGACAAGGCUACUUCCACUAGGCUAUUUGUUAUGGCAGGUUGCCUAUUUUGAAUGCACUGGGUGAUGUAGGAGCUGAUACAGGUGCAGGUGUCCCGGUUCGAGGACAAGGAGAGAGACAUUAGUUUGCGUUUUAGAGAGUGUUUGAGCUCCAAUUUUUUUUAUCCCUUUAAAUCAUCCACAGGGUAUUGGACACACAGAUAACAGAAAUAAAAUGGAUAAUGCUGGAGAGGUUCUUUACAACUGCCUGGAUUGUUUGUCACUGAACUAAAAGACAAAGGAACUCAGGUAUUUAACAAGAGAAAUUGGUUGCAGGUGUGCCCAGAGCUGCCCAAAAGCCUGUAUAACAUGGGAAGCCCCUUUUGAGGACUGAUUUCUACACAUCUCCAUGGCUCAGAGGCACCUGCAAUUAAAGGGACAGUUAACAAAAAAGUGUGAGAAAAAUGAGAGCCUUUUCUACACUAUUAGUACUAGAUUCCUUGUUCUGUGCCACAGGACCAAGUGAAUGGGUUAUAUUGUGGACCAACACUGACCACAUGUCAUCACCCUUCUAUGGCACCUCUGGGACAUUAAGCAACCUUCGACGCACCCAAAUCCUGUGUGCGCGUGUUUGUGUAUGUGUGUGUGUGUGUGUGUGUGUGUGUGUGUGUGUGUGUGUGUGUCUGUGUGUGUGUGUGUGUGUGUGUGAGCGCCCGCGCACAUGCAUUUGUGCAUGAAUACGUGAGUGUGUGUGUUAUAGUUAGAAAGGUCUGUUUUGUAUCCGUUCACUCCCUCUAUCUAUCUCACUGAUAGCCGUCACUGAUUGAUGACAAAUAUUUACAUUCAAGCAGCUGAAGAUAUGUGAAAAAUGUCUGUUUAGUUCAGAGAGUUACAGUAUGUGUUGCAGAUGCUAAAAUCUUCUCUUACUGUACACAUUCACACCUCUCACUGGAAAUAAAAUGUGUGUACUAUGCACGGUCUAUAAAUGGGUUAUUACAGUAUGUUGUGUGUGCAUGGUGGAUGUUCAUAAAAGUGUUUAUCACACAUGAUCAUAAAUCCUAUGUUAUUAGUGUGUGCUUGGAAUGUAUUGAUUAAGUGUGUGUGUGUGUGUGUUCCAGUGGAGUGCAGUGAUAAUGUGUUUACCGAGCUGUCGGGGGUGCUCUCCAGUUCCGACUUCCCCAACCCCUACCCCAAAAGCUCCGACUGCCUGUAUCACAUCGAGCUGGAAGAUGGUUUCCUGCUCAGCCUG